AUGAAAGCCUUAAACCUCCGAGGGAUAAGCGUGGAAAAUUGCAGACUGGAUGAUUAUUUCUCUGGAUAUGGCAAAGAAAAUAAUCUGCCUGAUGAGUUGGAAUAUUAUGUCUUUCGAAAUAACAUUUUAGUGAUUGAUGUUAAAAAAUUUAUGUCGUUAGUGAAAAAUCCUAUCGAUCAGGAUUACGAUUGUGGCAAUGAGGAUACGAUACAGUACUAUAUUAACAGAAACACCACAUAUGAUUUCUUGGAUAAUGGAGGUAUAAAGAAGUUUGCCAAACCGCAUGAAGCCAUUCAGAAUUCUGCAUAUGAAAUAGCUGCUACAGCGAAAGACGUCAAAUUAAAUUUCUUUGCACUGAAAUCGAAUAAUGUAGAAAGAACCCAAAUAGCGGAGGUUUCAAAAGACUUUCACACGAAAAUCUCAUCUGUCGAAUACAAAUGUAUAUUUAGAAGCCUGAAAUAUAAAGAAGAUAGACCCACGGACAGCAUGUUAACGCCAUCAGUCAAAAACUCGCAUUUUCCAGCGCUUUCUAUUUACAACAUAUCUCAUUUGAAUUUACUAUCAAUACCUGAUUCCUUUACAAAAUGGUAUUAUCACUUCCAGCAUCUCCAGAUAUUAGAUGUGUCUUACAAUGGUAUCAAGAAAUUCAAAUUUGACGCCCUCCCCGAUGUAUGGGAUAUCCCCGUUCUAAAAGUCAAUUUAUCCUACAAUAACAUUACUGAAAUCAAAGCUAAACAAAUAGAGGAGCUGGUACAAAUCAAAAAGCUAUACGUGGACCUCCGUCACAAUCCUAUCAACUGCUCGUGUUCGGACAUUACAAAGCAGUUGAUCACUUUAGUCAAAGAUGAAAACAAAUGGAAGCAGUCAACAUACCAGAGAUAUAAAUAUGUCAGAGACAUGCAGUGCUAUUAUCCGGAAAAUCUACGUGGAAAACGAUUGGUAGAGAUCGAUAACAAAGACCUCAACUGUAAAUACAUAAUCGUGGAGAAAAUGAUGGUGGAAGGCAUAGCUUGUCUGGGAACUGUGGUCCUGAUUCUGACAUCCGUUUUAUUACUAAUCGUCGUCUUGGUUUGCUGCAGAAGGUCGCGUCAUAGAUUCGUUUGGGACGUAAACUCAGGAAAGAAAGGUCUGGCGAAUUUGGCCGAUCGUGCAGAUAUUUACACCAUAGUUAUUCCCGAAGACAAACAAGCAAACAUUAAACUUCCACCUAUUUUUUGA